UGACGUCAAAGACAAGAUGGAUGGAAUCACGACUGCUUCACGCUCAACGCAACUCUGAAACAAAGUCCUGUGUCGGAGCUCCGCGGCGCCCACAGCCAGCAAACUAGGCUAAAAUGGAGAGCCUGGUGCACUACUGUAACCAUGCCCAUGGUAUAUCACUGCUGGGUGCCCUCAACGAGCAAAGGUUAAGGGGCCAGCUCUGUGAUGUUCUCUUGUUAGUGGGUGACCAACAGUACCAGGCCCAUAAAAGUGUCCUCGCAUCCUGUAGUGAGUAUUUCCAGUCUGUAUUCUCCCAGAAGGACAUAGAGAACAGUUCCGUCAUUCAACUCAACUUCUGCGAGCCUGAUUCUUUUGAGAUUGUGCUAAACUACAUCUACUCAUCAUCUCUGUUUGUGGAGAAAUGCAGCUUGGCAGCCAUACAGGAGCUGGGAUAUAGUCUUGGCAUUCCCUUUCUAACUAACAUCAUGUCCGUAAGACCUCAGGCAUCAUACUGUGUGUCAAGAAAAUGCAUGUCGUUGUCAGAGGAGGAUGAUGGUGCUUAUCAAAAGAGAAGUGUUAUUGUACAUCAAGGUCAAGAUGAUCAGCCUGGCAUGGAUUUGUUUCCUAGAAGAAGUCUUCAGGGAAGACCAUUUAAACAGGCUACAGCAAUGAUCUCCGAGCAGCCCUCACACGCACAUGAUUUCAGUGAUCAGAGUCACUCAGGACAUGUCAAACCAAAUAAAAAAGAGUCUAAUAGUACCUUCAUUAGAGGACAUUCAAAUAAAAACCCAGUUGACUGCAAAUCUAUCAUCUCCUCUCCAACAUCCAUACUGAGACAUCGAACUGAAUACCGACCACCAUCUAUGCGACCACAACUAACGUCUUCAGUUUCAUUCAGUGAGUCUGUACAGCAUUCUAGUUUACAGUCAGACCAACCUGACGACUCUAUAGAAGACAGAAUGGAGUCUUCGCAUGAUCCGAAACCAGCAGGAGAACAUCAAGGUCCACACAACCAAACCGUAGAUCGCAGUGGGCCACUUAUCAAAAGUCUUCUACGCAGAUCCUUGUCCAUGGAUAGUCCGGUUCCUGUUUUCUCUCCAGCCCUGGAGCUGAAGGACUCGCAAAGUAGGAAACAGUCAGUGGUGAAGUUAAUGACAGCAACAGGAAGGUCACCGUCACCUGAAAGUGAGGAUCAGGUGUCGAAAGAAAUGCCACUUCUCAGGUCGAGACAACAAAACAUAUAUGAGACAGAAGGCACUCAGACGCCUCCACCAAGAAUUAAAACAGAGCCCAGCAGUCCUCUCGCAGACCCUUCUGAAAUUGUUCGCAUCACUGUUGGAGAUAAUUUACCUGUCAAUUUUAAAGACUUUCAGGCCAACUAUGACAAAGGCCCCAGAGGAUAUUUCACUCCCUCGAUGAAGAGGAAGAGUAAGAUGGACGGUGGUUACAUGCCCUUUAAGAGAAACAGGCCUGUUAAUGAACAUCACGUCUCGCAUCAGGACAGUACGUUCAAUGAGGUACCUUACAAUUCUAACAAUGACAAUCGCAACGAGGAACCUGGAGAACUCAGGCCAAACAAAAUGUUCAAAUGCUGGACCUGCCUGAAGGUUUUCAGGUCGAAUGCAGGUCUUUAUCGUCAUGUGAACAUGUAUCACAACCCAGAGAAGCAGUAUGCUUGUGACAUCUGUCACAAACGGUUUCACACCAACUUCAAAGUCUGGACACACUGCCAAACUCAGCACGGCGUGGUGCAAAAUCCUGCACCCUCCUCCAGUUCCUAUUCCGUUCUGGAUGAGAAAUUUCAAAGGAAACUGAUCGAUAUUGUCCGAGAACGUGAGAUAAAGAAGGCUUUGAUCAUGAAGCUCAGGAGAACCCAGCAAGGCCUGCAGUCACAACCCUUUGGCAGGAAAUCAAGGCGAUCAAAGUCAUACGGAUGCCCGUUUUGUGGCAAAAUGUUCCAUUUCCAGUCACAAUUAAAGCUCCACAUGAAGGGACACUCUGCUGAGACGGCCGACCUUGACCCAGAUUCUGAGAGAGAUCUUCAAUAUGAACAGCAGCAGUUGGUGCAUCUUAAAGAGAACCAAGACCAUGAUGACUUUUCUUGUCGGCUUUGCAAUGAGAAACUGCCUUCUCUAUCUGAAUUGGAAGACCAUGAGAGGGCAUGCAGGUAUUCUACUGUUUGCCCAUAUUGUGGCCUCCGAUUCUCCAGCACACUUGUUAAGAAAGACCACGAAGCUCACUGCAAGUACAAAAAGCUGACCUGCCUUGAAUGCAUGCGCACAUUUAAGUCCUCUUUCAGUAUAUGGCGCCAUCAGGUCGAAGUUCACAAUCAGAAUAUGAUGACCGUGAAAGAGCAGCUGACUCUUGGUCUUCAGGAAAGCAAUCACGAUGAAUCAUCUGAUGUUCUCGGAGUUCCACCUCCUUCUCAGGGAUUGAUGCAUGAAACCAGAGAGGAAGUGGUGUACAGCGACUCAUCAGUUCCACCCAUGUUUGAUUCUGAAGACUCAUCACCUUAUGUACCUGAGGACUUGAGUCAAGGAGAGCUGCAAGUGAAAGAGGAACCUCAAGAGGAAGCUGUGUCAGCCAAGGAUAACAUGAGUGCAACCUCUAUUGGAUCUGAGGAGCCAGGUGUGUGGCCAUGUGAAAAGUGUGGGAAGCUUUUCAGCUCCCACAAAGACCUGGAACGACAUCAAGAACUGCUCUGCCACAUCAAACCCUUCAUCUGUCACAUAUGUCACAAAGCAUUCAGGACCAACUUCCGUCUCUGGAGCCAUUACCAGUCCCAUAUGUCUGCAUCUGAAGAGCCAGGCAUGAGAGAGAUUGAUAGACUUACGUCUUCUCCAUCGCCUUCUCCACCUCUCACGAUUGCUAUCCCAGAACCUCCAACUUCUCAAGCAUCUCCUAUCAAAGUGAGCCAAUCUGGGGGGGCUGCCUCAGAGGAGGAGCCCAGAGGCUCCAUGUCACCAUCAACCAGACUCAAGAAGCCAGACCAAGACAAGGCUGGUGAUGAUGAACCUGGAGAACAUUGUCACGCCAAUUCAGACACCACAGACAAAGCUAUUACCCCUCAGGAAUCAGACACGCUAUUUUACCAUGCCCCGACCCUCUCUGCGCUUACCUUUAAAAGGCAGUACAUGUGUAAAUUCUGUCACAGGACAUUUAAGACGGCAUUCAGUCUAUGGAGUCAUGAACAGAGCCAUACAUAAGAGCCCUAUACGCAGAGUUGCACUUUUGCCAUAGUUUCUGCUUAAAAAUAUAGUUAACCAAUAAAAAGAAAAUUUGGUCAUCAUUUACUCACCCUCAGUAUGAUAGUCUCAGUGACAACUUACUUUCAUUGCAUAAUUUUUCCAUACGGUACAAGUGAAUGGUCAAUAUGGCUAACGUUCUUCCUGUUCCACAGAUGAAAGAACGUCAAAAUUGGUUUGGAAAAAACAUUACAGUGAUUAAAUGAUGAAAGAAUUUUCAUUUUUGGUUAAACUAUCCCUUAAAGGACAAAAUCACAUGAUUCAUAUUGGGAUACACUUUUUUCAGGUUUGUCAAACCCAGGGAUUUAUGAAUAGCAUUUGAUCAUAGUUAAUAUUCAAUUUUUCAAUAAAUAGUAUUCAGAUUGUCAAGUCGAAUGCAUCUUGGACUGCGUGGCCAAGAGAUGCAGAAAUUUGUUUUCUAAAUCAUUACCCUGUAUUGUUUAUUUAUUAUUAUUAUUGUAUUACAUUUACUUUUCUGGCACCAAUGAUCAAGAAAGAGAGACUGUUAUAAAUGAAAUGUUUUUUUAAAUUAUUGCUAACAAAAAACCCACGUUUACAUUUUGUUUUGCAGAAGACAUACCGAUAAUCCACCUCUCUUGUUUUAGUGGCCUUUUUGCAGUUAUUUAGCACUUUCAAGCAAUUCCAAAUAAAGUUUUUCUCUAUUAAAAGCACAUGAUGGUGCAGACAGAAAUGGCUCCUAUAUGCAGCAUUUCAGUUACAAGUCAGCCAAAAAUUCCAUCAAGUUACUGAAUCAACAAACAUCACUCUGAGCCAUGUACCUCAUUGGACUUUUUCCACCAAAAAGUUGGAUCCAUCUUUCAUAUUCCCUCUUUUCUGGCCUAAGAUGAGUUCUUUAAGUUUAUUUUUUGCCUUAUUUUAGUUUGGAAAAAAAGAAUAAGAAAAAGGUAUAUAGGAAAUAACCCCAUUUAAAUGAUUGUAUUACAGGCCGGGUCCAGCUCUAUAUAUUUUGCCAGAGCUAUUAAUCUUGAAUUGUUACAUUGAUCAUUGACGUUAAUUGAGAAUAUGUUAUUUUGAAAAAGUUGUGUGCUUAAAAGCAAAGCAAGCACUUAGAAACUAGCCUGAUUUAAGAUGUGUUAAAACCACAUUAAAGCAAACAUUAAAAGCAGACUAAAAAGGCAGAUAUUAAACUUAACAGUUAACUUUGUGAACAUUCAAAGCGUGAUGAAAACAUGUUUAUAAUUUAAUUUAAACUUUUUUUCUAGUUAAGUUGUAUAUUUCCUUUUUAGAGUAUUCUGUUCAUAUGUGUUUUUGGCAUUUAUGUAGAAUUUCAUGGUAUGUCGUUUUGAGGUUGUGGAAAAAAUUCAGUGAUUGUAUUGAACAAAAAGAAGGCUUUAUAUGUACAAAUAGCAGGUUUGGAGUGAUGUUCUACAAGCAGUUACGGUGUUGUACAGGACAUGCAGUAUACGUGGGAUUUAAUUCUCACAAAUGUGUAGAGAUUAUGGUUAAAGUAGAAACAAUUGUAUGAGCCUUAGGAUUUUCACACUGUAUCAGUACUGUAUCAGUACACUGUGAGCUUCACCACGGUGAAUGCUCAUCUUACCAGAACUCAGUACUCAGUGAUUAAUGAAGUCUUUGAUGUAAUGACGUCAAAUGUUUGGACAUUCCCGAUGUUCAGUGGACCUUAUGUGUGACAGUAUCACCAAGAGGAGACCUUUAUUAUGAAAUGUUACAGCACAAAAGCAGUAAUCUUAUUCUUUGAUUUUUGUUUCCUUGAUCUUUAUAUUUUGCAAGUGUUUGAAAUGCUAAUGAAUUAAGGAGAAGUCUGCUUCCCUUACAUUAGGGGAUGUUUGGCUUAGCAAGCUUGUGGCCUUUAAGCACAAAAAAAAAAAAAAAAUGUAAUAUAGAUAUGUUGCUUGCUCUUUGCAUUUCCCAUCAGCUUCUGUCAUGUAUUCUUUGUUUUGAUGGAUAAAAUUGUAAUACAUUCCUUUGAUCAUUUUCCCAAUGCACUGAUCAUAUAAUAAGUUAGCUAUUUCCUAGGAGAAGCAUAUCUGGUUUAUUUUGCUUUUUCAUUUGUCCCCAGUAUUAAAUUACACUAAAUAUCAGCUUUCUGUUUAGGAUAAAACUAAACCAUACUAAUAGCAGAUCAACAUGUGUCCUGAUAAAAAUAAAUGAGUGACACAUUUCCUCUUAAAGGGAUAGUUAACCCAAAAAUAACAAUUCUGUCAUUGUUUAGUCACCCUUAUGUUGUUCCAAACCUGUAUGACUUUCUUCUGUGGAACACAAAAGGAGAUGUUAGGCAGAAUGUUAGCCUCAAUUAUCAUUCACUUUCAUCGUAUGGAAAAAAAGAUGCAAAAGUGACUGAGGCUACCUAAAAUAUCUAUUUGUGUUCCAAAUAGAAAAGUCAUACAGGUUUGAACAACAUGAGGGCAAGUAAAUGAUGACAGAUUUUUCAUUUUUAGGUGAACUAUCUAUUUAAUGUGGUUAAAUGAAAGGUUGAAAGACAUUGAAUGAACAGGGAUGAAAGAACAUUUUAAUCCUCAAAACAUUUUUAUGGUCUUUGUUUAACUUUGUAUGAUAUUUUCUCGGUUUUAUGAAAAGUAUAUCUUUUUGGUAUUCCUGUGGUAUCACUGCAAUAACUAAUAUUUGUAAGCACUUGAAUUGUUCUAAUGUGGCUUUAAAAACUGUAUCAGUUUUUGUGUUAAAGCAAUUUUUCUACCGUUUUCUGUGCUUGCUUUCUAAAAUAAAUAUAAACAACG